AGACAGUUGGGUCCAAAGUAACGAAUCGGCAUCAACUAACUAACUUGUAAGUUACAGGAGAGAGACCGUUGAGAACAAAUCUCCAGUCAACCCAAAAACCCUCCAUCCCCACAUUUCUCGUUCAAAUAAAUCCGUUCCACCCCUACCAUUCUCUCUCUCUCUUCUCUAAAUUACAUUACAUAUAUCUUCUCUGCCAAGGUGCUGUUUUUCAGUCCAUUUGUUGUUGGAGACCCAAUCCAAAUAUCCAACUCACUACACAUACUAUGCAUUCUUGGGCAUUCCUCAGAACAUCCUCAUUCUCAUCCUCAUCCUCACCCUCCAUCCCUCGAUUCCUUUCAUCUCAACGCAACGCUAGUCGUCCGAUCUUCACCCAAUCAAACGGCUCAUCCUCAUCCUCAUCCUCUUGUGGAUCCAGCAAUAACAAUGGUGGUGGUGGUGGAGGGAACAAGAAGAGGUGUCGCUCGAAUUCAGAUUUAGAGUCGAUUCUGAGAUCGAUCUCUUCGGGGAUAUUCGUAGUGGUUGGGUCGAGCCUGGGGCUUUCUUACUGGUCUUCUCUUUCUGAUUCUAAUUGUUUUUUGUCUUUCGCUGAUUCACGGGGCCAGAAUGAGAAUGCGAAUGUGAAUGCAGAGCCUGAGCACAAAUCCAACUUCUUAUUUGGAGAUGCAUAUAGGAGAAAGGUUUUCUUUAAGUAUGAAAAACGCAUAAGAACACAAAGUCCUCCUGAAAAGGUUUUUGAGUACUUUGCCUCAAUCCGAACCCCAAGUGGCGAGGUACUUAUGAUGCCGGCAGACUUGAUGCGUGCAGUUGUCCCUGUAUUUCCACCCUCUGAAUCAAAUCGCAUUAGAGAGGGAUAUCUCAAAGGGGAAUGGAUUCCUAGCGAGUUACAUUGUGCUCCUUCAAUAUUUUUUAUGCUUUUCGAUACCGACAACGAUGGACUUAUAUCAUUUGCAGAGUAUAUUUUUCUUGUUACACUACUCAGCAUCCCAGAAUCAAGCUUUUCUGUUGCAUUUAAAAUGUUUGACCUCGACAGUAAUGGAGAGAUAGACAAGGACGAAUUUAAGAAGGUGAUGACCUUGAUGCGAACACAUAACAGACAAGGGGCUCGCCACAGAGAUGGACUUCGUAUCGGACUAAACGUUUCAGGUUCUGUAGAAGAUGGGGGUCUUCUAGAGUACUUCUUUGGAAAAGAUGGCAAGCAAUGCCUAGAACAUGGGAAAUUUGUUCAGUUUUUGAGAGACUUGCAUGAUGAAAUAUUGCGGUUGGAGUUUGCCCAUUAUGACUACAAGUCACAAGGAACCAUAACUGCUAAGGAUUUUGCGUUGUCAAUGGUUGCAUCUGCUGACAUGCGACAGGUAAACAAGUUUCUCGACCGUGUUGAAGAAUUAAACGAUGAACCAAAUCUCAAAGACAUACGCAUUACAUUCGAAGAAUUCAAGAAUUUGGCAGAGCUUCGUAAAAGGUUACGCCCCUUGUCGCUCGCAAUCUUUAGUCAUGGGAAAGUGAAUGGGCUCUUGACAAAGCCUGAUUUCCAAAGAGCUGCAUAUCAUGUUUGUGGUAUCUCUCUCACAGAGAAUGUGGUGGAUAUGAUAUUUUAUGUGUUCGACACUAAUCAUGAUGGGAGUUUGAGCUCGGAUGAAUUUUUAAGAGUAUUACAAAGACGGGAAAGGGACGUCACACUACCGAGAGAGGGGGGAUUCAUGGGAUUGUUUUCUUGCUGGCUGGAGUGUACAAAUAAUUGCUCUUAUUCAAAGAUGCUACUUUAAGUUUUUCUUUCUACUGAUGAAUGAUGAUACCGAGGCGCUAGUGGAGCUCAUCAACCACCCUCAGCAUGGCCAAAGUUCGAUCGGAGUACAGCGCAAAAUCUCCAAAAAGAACUACUGGAAAAUACCCAACGUUUCGCACCCUCAGGAGUUUGCUUGCAAUUUAGAGGGCACUUGGAGGACCUUUCUUCAAAUCUGAGUAAUUUGUGAUGAAGUUAUUGAAUUCUUAAUAAUUUUUGUGAUUUUUCAAUUAUUUGCAGCAUUAUUUAGCUUUCUUGUUAUGAUUUGAAACUCAAUUGUACUAGAUUUUUUUUUUGGGUAGAUUGGUGGCAAGUGAUGAUGGUGACACCAGAAACUAUUUAUUUAAUGAAACUGUAAAUAUUUUUUUAUUACUAAAUUUUUUUGUAAAAUAUUGUUUGAACAUUAAUUUGUGUUUAUCUAUAUGUCAA